GGCUACAUUGAAAGACCGCAUCGCGCACCAGAGAACAGGCAGACGUCUUGGCAGGAGACGAAGUUUGCAUCAAGCCUUGGGCACUGUCUCCUUGCGUGCGCCAUUCGUUCCAAUUUUCAUACGCUCUGCAACAACUGGUUAAAAGAUAGCGGACUUCUAAACGAGUCCCAGGCACUCACUUAUCCGAAUAAGCGAACUUCGCACUAUACCGGGUGACAGCGUUGACUUAACCUUCGAACACAUGAGCAAGCACCAAGAGGAGUUGGGCACCUAUAUUAACGAGUCAUCGACGCUUCGGCAAGGGUGAAAGCACGAUGCGGAUGGAAGCUGCAACGUUCGUCUUCUUCAUCGGCUGCCUCGUGCUCAACGGUGCCUCCGCCACGAAUUCGACGAACACGCGUUCCAGAGCAUCCAUCCAGGCUUGCAUACCGGACGGAAAGUCGUCGAGCAUCGGGGACCGCGCGAGCUGCACGUUCACGCGAAUCGUCGACGUCGACCCGAGUCGGUUCCCGUCCAGGAUACCAACCGUCGUCUGCAAGUGCCCCGGUCUCCUCUGCAGCACCCUGGGUGACUUCCGUUGCUACGAGGUCAAGGAACAGCUGGAAGUCAUAUUUCGUACUAGAAACGGCGCGUUCAGGACUGACACCAUCGAAGUGACCGUGUCGUGCGUUUGUGCGUUGAGUCGCAGUGGUCAAGCCGAUGGCAUCGGCGUCAGAGUGGUGAACCAUGCUGAAAACCGUGACCAGUCGGCGAUACCAUUUGGAUCCGGUAGCAUUGCGGUGCGCUGAAAUGUAAGAGCACGACCAUGACACAUGCCUGUCGGAAAUGAUUCAGUAUAUUCUGAAAAUCAAAAAGUUCACGCAUUGCGUCGACUUGCUACACGUGGCAGAUUAGAGCAGAGAUUUCUAAAACGU